AUGGCAAGCUACAAAGAAACAGUAGCUGCAAUACUGCAAGAGCGUGAUAUCGGUCUUGCCAAGGUCGAGCCCAAGCUGCAAGGAAUCCCACAUGAGCUCCCUCUCAAUUCACGAGACCUCCCUAAAGCAGUCUUGACUGCACGCGAGAUAGAGAUUACCGAAAAGUACUCUGUCACAAAACUUCUAGACGUCCUCCGAAAGAGAGAAAUCAAGGUUGAAGAAGUGACCCGUGCUUUCUUGCGGAGGGCUGCCUUGGCUCAAGUUGCGACCAACUGCGUGGUCACUCUCAUGUGGGAUGAAGCUAUUGAACGCGCCAAAUAUCUAGAUUCGUUACCUGAACCCAAAGGCAUGCUCUUCGGUCUGCCAAUUUCGGCUAAGGAACAUCACGGUAUGGUCGGAAAGAAUGUGACGACCCAUGCGUCUUUUGUAGCAUGGAUCAACAAGGCCCAUGGAUCCAACCUUCUUUACGACAAUCUAUAUGACGAAGGCUGUGUCUUUUACGUACGAACGACACAGCCUCAGACAAUCAUGCAUCUUGAGACUAGCAGCACCAUAUAUGGACGAACUGUAAACCCAUUCAACCGCAAUUUGACGCCUGGUGGUAGCAGUGGAGGUGAAGGAGCUCUCAUUGGAUUUCGAGGAAGUAUUCUGGGUGUUGGUGGAGAUAUUGGUGGUAGUAUUCGUUGCCCAGCAGCCCAUAACGGAAUCUAUGGUUUCAAACCGACUCUCAAGCGGAUCUCAACCAUGGGUGCACGAUCUAUCAUGAUUGGAAAGGAAACCGUGUCUUCAACAGGAGGUCCAAUGGCUGCCGACCGCGAGUCGCUUGAACUUUUUAUGAAGGUAGCCCUGGCAUCCAAACCAUGGCUCAUCGAUCCCUCUCUUACCGUCAAAGAGUGGACACCAUACAAAUUUGAUCGACCUUUGAAGAUUGCCAUUCAAUGGUGGGAUGGUGUCGUGCAGCCCCAUCCGCCUAUGACCAGGGCUUUGAGAGAAGUGGCAGAGGCUUGUCGUAAAGCUGGUCAUCAAGUCGUAGACUGGGACUGUGAACCUUUGGAUCAUGCAAAGGGCUGGGAAAUAGUCUCAGCAUUAUACUGGCCCGAUGGAGGAAAGCAAGCAUUGGAUCUUCUCGAAGCAGCUGGAGAGCCUGUUCUUCCUUUGACAAAGUUCAUUAUAGAACAACCAAGCGUAAAGAACAUGAACAUGCACGAGUUGUGGGAGCUUUGCACCAAGCGAGACGACUAUCGCGCGGCAUAUGCUCGCGCCUGGACCUACACGGGUAACGACGACGGUAGAGAAGUCGAUGUCAUUUUGUGCCCACCUUAUUUUGGAGCAGCAUCUCCCCAUGAACAGUCACGUUACUGGGGCUAUACGGCUCACUGGAACCUACUGGACUAUCCAGCAGCAGUUUUCCCAGUAACAACUGUUGAUCCUUCUAAAGACCCCAAGGAUGUCAACUAUGUCCCCAAAAACGAUGAUGACAAGUUUGUAUACGAUCAGUACGAUCCUACUACGUUUGCGGAUGGUGGCCUUGGAUCUGCAUUGGCACUGGCUCUGAAGCCGUUCGGAUGGCGAGUCCUUGGAUCAGGUCGAGACCUUUCAAAGUUAAAGGCCCUUCAAGACGCCGGCAUUGAAUGCAUACAAAUGGACAUCAACUCCACUGAGUCCAUCUCAAAGGCCACAGACGAGGUCAGGAAACUCACUGGAGGCUCGCUCGAUGCCCUGGUCAACAAUGCUGGUACAGGAUACAGCAUGCCCAUUCUUGAUGUUGAUCUAGACAAGAUCCAUGAGGUUUUCGAACUCAACGUCUUUUCAAUCAUUCGAGUGACUCGGGUCUUCUUACCACUUUUGAUCGAAUCUUCGCAUGGCGGUAUGCUCAUCAACAACACAUCUGCCUCAGGACUGCUCGGCGUCGGUACUCCAUUCCAAGGCGCUUAUGCAGCAUCCAAAGCAGCGGCAACUAGCUUGACUGAAAGUUUGAGACUGGAACUUGAGCCUUUUGGCAUCCGAGUCAUCAACCUGUUGACUGGGGCUGUCAAAACAACAUUCUUUGUCAACGCGCUUGGUGCCAAACUACCAGAGAACUCCAUCUACAGCAUCGCCAAAAACGAAAUCGAAUCAACAAUGGCUGGAAAUAUGCCAGGGAUCGUCAAGCCAGAUGCCGCGACGUGGGCGAAACAGGUGGCCUCUGAUCUCAGCCAGCCCAAAGUACCACAUCUGGUCUCAAGAGGCGGCUCGGCAGGGACAGCGCGAUACGCUACUCUUUUCCCAACUGGUACUUUUGAUAGCCUGAUUAAGAAGUCAGGGGGUGUUGAUGUUUUAGAGCGCAAAUUGAAAGACCAGAAGACAGAUUCUAAGAGCAAACAAUGGCAAGUCGUAGCAGCCGAACGAGUGCGGUCGUCCGAAUAUGAUAGCGGCCUUCAAUUCGAAGCCAUCAGGCACAAGAUCAUGAUCCCAGCUGUAAAAACGCCUUUCACGGUUCUUGAUGAAGGCAAGAAAGUCCCUGGCGCUCUUCCGGUAGCAUGCUGGAGAUAUUUGUUUUCCCAAAACCUUGAUCGCAUGGCUCUCAAAUGCCGAGGUCAAAUAGUCGAUCAUCUUUGGAUCGUCGAGCGAUACCGCGACCGUCUCCGAAUCUACGCAAGGAUGAGUUUCUUUGUUACUUCCCUCGCUAUAGGCAAGUGGUAUCCACAUGAGACCAGCUAA